AUGUCGGCGACGCAUGAGCCCGCGCGGGUGUAUAUCGUGUCUGGAGCAUCAUCCACGUCUGCUACAGAUGCAUCCUACAACUCAUCUUCACUUCCUGAUAUUUUGAGGCGAUCUGGCUCGUCGAAUAAGCGCAAGAAACGAAAAGGCGCGAUUGAAAACGACAAAAUCCUCUCGAAAAUCGAGCUGAUUCAGGACUUUGAGUUCCCUGAAGCAAGCAACAAAAUUCGAUUUACUCGCGAUGGACGGAACAUUAUGGCUUCCGGCACAUACAAGCCACAAAUACGUUUGUGGGACUGCGAGCAGCUCAGUCUGAAAUUCGAGCGGCACACCGAUGCGGAAAACGUCGACUUUGUUCUUCUCUCUGAUGACUGGACAAAGUCACUUCACUUGCAGAGCGACCGCUCACUGGAGCUGCAUGCACAGGGCGGUACUCAUACAAGAGUGCGUCUUCCGCGAUUCGGGCGCACACUCAACUACCAUUUCCCCUCCGCCGAUGCAUUGGUCGGUGCGAGCGGCAACGAAGUGUACCGCGUAAACCUGAGCCAAGGCCGCUUCCUUGCGUCUUACGUGCUUGGGUCGCACGGUAAUUUGGUCACGGGCUGCAACGCCAUCGACGUGAAUCCUGCGCACGGUCUCCUGAGUUUCGGCACAGAAGGCAACGGGAUCGUCGAGCUUUGGGAUCCCCGCAUGCGCCACCAAGCAGGUGCGCUUAGCAUUGCGACAUCCACUCUUAUGGAUACCGCGCUUCUUGCUGCACGCAGGCAACUUCCCGGCGUUGGUGUGCACGACGACGAAGAAGGCGACGUUGUGCGUGCUUCGGAAUCGCUCGCAGUCACUGCACUCGCGUCUUCCGAAGACGGCCUAAAUAUGGCGGUCGGGACUAGUACAGGCCAUGUACUUUUAUUUGAUUUGCGCAUGGACAAGCCGUACAUGACCAAGGACCAAGGUUUUGGUCUUCCGGUUCACUCGCUCUCGUGGCCCGGCGAUCACGGUGCUGCACUGGCCGCUGGCAACAUGGGUGCAGACGCGCAUGCACGCUCUGAAUCGCUCGGCACCGUGCUCAGUGCCGACGCCAAAGUGAUCAAGAUUUGGGAGCGCGAUACGGGCGAUAAUGUGGUGUCGAUCGCGCCGCCUGCUGCGACGGCAAAUUUGAACAAUGUACAGCACUAUCCCGGAAGUGGCCUAAUUUUUUCCACCGCUGAAGCGACGCAGAUGGUGGCUUGGUAUGUGCCUGCACUUGGUCCUGCACCCAAGUGGUGCAGCUUUAUCGACAAUAUUACCGACGAAAUUGAAAGCAGCGACGCAGCCGGUGUCGGCGGCGCAACAAACGCAUACGAAGACUUCAAGUUUGUUGAUCAGGCCGAGCUGGAGCGUUUGGAUUUGGCACACCUGGUUGGCUCUCCUUUGUUGCGACCGUACAUGCACGGAUACUUUAUCUCGCUGAAGCUGUACGAACGCGCGCGCUUGCUUGCACACCCUCACGCGUACGCCGAGGCAAAACAACGUGCCAUCCAGUCCAAACUUGAACGCGAGGCAGAGAGUCGUGUGCGUGCAACGAAAGCGCCGCAAUUGGGCAAGAAUAUUCAAGUGAACCGCAAGCUCGCCACAAAGUUUGCGACGGCGCAGCCAGGAAAAAAGGCAGCGCAAGAUACCAGCGAUAUUUUGGAGGAUACACGUUUCAAGGAACUUUUCACCAACCCCGAAUUUGAAGUGGACGAGACUAGCCGCGAGUACGCUUUGCUUAAUCCCAGCGCAAGCGCGGCACCGAAGCCUGCAUUGCGCGAGUCGGAGCGCAAACUGGUGCCUGCCAUGGAGGAGGCGCUCGAGAGCGAUACAGAGUCGCUUGAUCCGGACCAAAAAGAAAUGGAGUCGUCUUCCGAAGAAGAAGCGCCUGCGCCCCCUCCUGUGCGCGCUUCCAAAGCCGUUCCGCGCAACGCACACAGUGCGCCGCGCCUUGUGGACGAGCGCGGUGCAAGCGAGGGCACAGAUAUGAUGAGUCUUGGCGAGCGCGCACGUCUUCAUACACAUGCCAGUGCACAUACGCAGCCGCAGAGCGCCAUGGCGGGCGCCAUGUCUUUCUCCUUCACGCCUUCUGGCGCCAGUGACGAGCCCAAAAAGACGAAACGCACCAAGAAACCUGCGCAAGACACGUUUGGCGCAGGCCUUUCGAAAGGCGCAGGCGCCGAACAAGGCUACGGCGUGGAAGCGCUUGACGAGCAAGCGCGCUUUGGCCGCAAGCAGCGCCGCAAGCCUGGCAGAAGUGCCAGCAAGAAUGUGAUGCGCGCAAACAGCGCAAACUAG